ACAUCCUACUUAAAUAACAUAUCCGUUCUCUCACACAUUCUGCUGAAUUGUCUAUUACAGAAUGCCUCUCCUUUUCUGUCCUUUUUUCCCCCCACUAAGCGUUGAGUAGAAAGAAACCAAUGUGUUUGCCAGCAGUGACAGUUCUCAGUCUCCGGCUACCUUUGUCUCCCUCCAAAUGUUGCUUAUGCUGUUUCCAUUGUUAAUAUGACCACCAUGCCUAGUGAAGUACAUUCAGCCCCUCUGCUACAACAGCGUUCUGCUCAUGCUGUCCUGGGAUGUGACCCUGUAGUUUGGUUACAGCCCAAUAACGGCCAUGUUGAAAUGGAGCAGCUGUCUCUUGGGAGUUUGAAAAAAAGGAAGGGGGGUUGGAAAGGGAUGUGUGUGAAGGAGGAGGAAAAAACCCACCCAUUCCUUUGGAAUCGGUUCCCAUCCAGAGUCAGACACACUCUCAGAGCCCUGACAUGGCUUGAGUGAGGAAACCAGGGUUUGAUGGAGGGGAAAAUAGAUUACUGAGAUUACUAAGAAAUGAAAAAGAAGACCGUAAGUAGUGACAUCUUAAGAGGAGAACAGAUAAAGAAAACCAAGGCAAGAAAAACUGUCUAGGAUAACUAAAGAUAGCAGUAGGAUUAGCAUACACUAGGCAGUGCCAAUCAUCUGCAGUGCAGAUAGAUGUGAUGUAGCAUUUUCCCUGAAGCAGAGUCUCCCAGUGAUGGCUGCCUGACGAGGGCUGACGACGAAUGACGUGUGUGUGUCGAGGGAGGAGGAAGUGUCAGCUCAGAGGACAACAGAGGAAGCAGUCUUCAGCUUGUGUGUGUGUGUGUGUGUGUUUGUGACAGACGAGCCCCGAUCUUCUUCUUCUCCUCAUGAGGCUCGUUUAGAAACCAACUCAUCUUCAGGAAACUGUUGGCUUAAGGAGUCAGGACAGUACCCCUCCACCUCCAGCCCACCACCGCCGCCACCAUGCUGCAGCAGAUCUUAAAGGACAUGUACAUUGACCCAGAUGUGUUGGAGGCCCUAAAUGAGGACCAGAAAAAGACCCUGUUCCUGAAGAUGAGAGAGGAGCAGGUGCGGCGCUGGACAGAACGUGAGGAGAAAGAAGCGGACCAUAGGCCAAAGUCAAAGACAGCCAACAGUAAGAAAGUGAGCUGGUUGCUGGGCAGGGACGGAGAUGUGGCGGUCAUGGCGAUUGGAGAGGUGGACGAGCUGAAGACCUCCAAACUCAUCUGCACUGGGCCUGCGGAAAGAAGAGCACCACCAAGCCUGCACAAUAACACACUGUACGGACACCUCAGCACCACAAGCAGGGAUUUUACCAACAAUUCUGUGGAGCUGUGCCACCAGACAACUUCCCUGAAGAGCAACCCGGUAAACAGACCAGCCUCAGAACCUGUCAGAUCUCGGAGAGAGGAUCUGCCUCCCAAAACACAGUCAGGGAUACAACUCAAUUUAAAGGAGAACAGUGAGGAAGUGAGGACAUUGCCCCCUCUACAGGGGGCAGUGAGAGAGCAGCAGCCACCCGCAGCAGUGGAAAAACAGGCUGAGUUGGAGCAGGAUGUAGAAGGAGGUGGUCCACAGGAAAAUCCAGUCCUCCUGUCCUACAGACCUCACCCCAGAGCUGGCCCUUCCAACCUGAGGCUGGGUACCACACUGUCCUCUAUCCCCAAGACCAUCACACCGUCCUCUGUACCAAGCUCCACUCCAUCCCCUGUCCCCACUGACACACCGUCUCAUGUCCCCAAGACCGUAACCCCUGUCCCUACCAUCACACCAUUUUCUGUCCCAAAAACCAUCACACCGCCUGCUUUCCCUAGCAUCAUAACACCAUCCCCUGUAACCAACAGUGUCAUACCAUCUCCUGUCCCCAGCAGCGUCAUACCAUCUCCUGUCCCCAGCAGCAGUGUCAUACCGUCUCCUGUCCCCAGCAGUAAUGCCAUCAGAGCUGCUCUAGAAAAGAGCACUGCCAAAUCACACGCUUCAGAGAAGACUGUCACACUGUCCCCUGUCCCUAGUCCCAUCACACUGUCCCCUGUCCCUAGUCCCAUCACACUGUCCCCUGUCCCUAGUCCCAUCACACUGUCCCCUGUCCCUAGUCCCAUCACACUGUCCCCUGUCCCUAGUCCCAUCACACUGUCCCCUGUCCCUAGCCCCAUCACACUGUCCUCUGUCCCAAGCAGUGUCAAAACAUCUCCUGUCCCCAGUGUCUCACCCUCCCCUGUCCCCAGUACCACUUGGUCCCCUGUCCCCAGUACCACUUGGUCCCCUGUCCCCAGUACCACUUGGUCCCCUGUCCCCAGUACCACUCGUUCCCCCUGUCCCCAGUACCACUCGUUCCCCCUGUCCCCAGUACCACUCGUUCCCCCUGUCCCCAGUACCACUCGGUCCCCCUGUCCCCAGUACCACUCGGUCCCCCUGUCCCCAGUACCACUCGGUCCCCUGUCCCCAGUACCACUCGGUCCCCUGUCCCUAGCAUCUAUACACCAUCCCCUUUCCACAGGACCGUCACUCCAUCCCCUGUGGCUAGCAGCACGGCCAUAAGAGAAGCUCUAAAGAAGAGCACCACCAAAACACAUGCUCCAGAGAAGACCACUGUCACACCGCUGUCCACUUCAACCAGACUCCACGCCCAGGAGACGCCCAGCAGCAGAGAUAUCCGUGUGAUCGCAGCCUCUCGCAGGACCAUGUCUGAGGAUGUGGUGUCUGAUGGGGGCGGGGACACCUGUACAGGGCGUGGCCGGGUGGCUCAGCUCAUGAAGACCUUCAGUGUGACAUGCCCCACCCCCUCCACACAGACCCCUCUCCCCCACGGCAACAAGCCCUCCAUCCCCACCAAGCCCAGCCACCUGCGUCUCGUUGCCAGCCCCUCACUCAGGUAAUCCACAGGACAGGACCAGACAACCAGGCCCACCCCCUGUCCCCCAUUCCAUCCCCACCCAGGCCCCACUGGACAUUGCUGGACAUCCAGCCUGGGGCCUCAGCCACUGGGGACAGGCAUGCAGGCCACAUGAGUCUCUCAGGAACACAACCAAACGUUUGACUCGAUUGCUAUUACUCCAAAAGCAAUGCAAUGGUAUAGAGAUUUUAAAAUGUUUACUUUUGUUUACUUUUUAAAAAUGUUUACCAUGUUUUAUUUUAAAUUGUACAGUACUGUAAAUUCUCUCUGUGGGAAAGACGAACCAAUAGCGUUGAUCGUAAACAGCAUCUUCCUUUGUAUCCUGCUUUUGCCUUUUUAUAUUCACAAAGGUAUUGGGUGGUUCCACUAAUUAGAUGCCUUUUGAGUAGUGUAACUGCAUUUUAGAAUUUUAUUUCACCUCAUUUUAACAUUCGGUCAAUGUUCAACUGAAUAAAAAACAUGUUUUCCCAUCUCAAGAGGUAAAAGAAAAUGACUAUAGUAAGGCCUAUUAAGUGCUGAAUAAAGUAACAGGAUUGAUGACUUUCAUCUUAAAUCAGCCAUAACUCCCCUUGUGACAGAGGAAAUGGAAGCUUUUUGUGUGCAACAGGGACGGGCAAUUGAAUGCAAGCUUCAAAAUGUUCUAUUUUUGUUACCAUCCAAUGCAGCUGUUUUUAAUCUCAAUAUCAAAUCAUUUCUGGGUAACAGUGAAGUACCUUAAUGUGAUAGUUUUCAAUUGAAAUGGUCAACAAGAAAACAAAAAUAGCUUCUUAGCAAAGAACAAUUUCUCAAGCAAGAACUUUGCUUGGACUGUCUGGGAGUGGUCUGAGUAGGCUGGGGAGAAUGUAAACCUAGCUGCAGAGAGGUUUGGAACUAUCUUUCUUAUUGGUCUAUUAACAAAUGUACCGGUGAUGUCACCAGGCAGGCCAGAACGCCAUUCAACCAAAACAGGCAGACAUUUCAAACAUUGCUUACACUAAAAUGGCAUUAUCAUCUUUUUCACAGUUUCACAGUAUUAUUCCAACCUCAAAGUGAGGAAAUGUAAAUAACAUCACGUUUAGGACCGCACCAGGCCUCUAAAAUAUUUAUAGCCUGUCUGUCUAUAGGUAACAGGGUUGAUGCUCGACCUGCUCAGUUCUCCACCACAAAACGCCAGAAAAUGGCCAAUGACUAUUAGAUGUUCAAUGUUUCUUCAAAACAUUUUUUUUUGAGAUGAAUAGUUUUAGCAUAUUAAAAUGAGAUUUCUGUUCAUGUAACAGACUUGACCUUAAAAUGGGCAGUUUUUUUUAAACCUUUUUAAAAUGAAUAACUAAUCACAUUAAAUAAAUAAUCAUCUUUAGAAAUGACUUCAUCAAAGCAACAAAAUAACUAGGGCUUUACAAUGAAGGUGAAAAUGUGGAUACAUCUUGGUUAAGUGGGUUAAAGUCUAGAAGUUCCAAUCAAUCAAAGCAAGCAAUGCAGGCGUAGAAGCACAGUGGCUAGAGGGUGCACAGAGAGACAUGACAAAAUGCAGAGAGCAAUUUAGCAAGUCUUUAUUCAUAUUGGAUUUAUUGAAUUGUCCAUGUGGUCUAUAUUAAAAGGCACUUCAUUUAAUAUAACCGGCUUUUAAAGUUAAUUAUUUGUGCACAAUUCCUUAAAAUAUCCCUUAUUUCAUGGAACAACCCUAUCAUUGACCAUAUCAUACCAUGUAUUCACCUGUUUAUAUUGUUUCUGAAAUAUUAUCAUGUACAAAUCCUACUUCAUUGAUACACUUAUCAUACAAUACAUUCACAAAGCCUGUACAAUGCUAUCAAGGUCACAACCUGUACUUGUGAUCCCCAAAAGGUAUGACAAAUGUAAACUUGAAUGACAUAGUACAUGCAGUAAUAUGUGUUUCGUCAUUAUGAGGUUGUUGGCUACUAUAUAGAGAGAAACUGUGCUAAUGUUAACAGGGCCAAAUAGUCCAUACAUAGCUGUCAUGACCAAGGAGAUGGGUGGAUUACAGUAUGGACAGACCGGUAGAACAGGAUCAGUGAGGUGGUUCCUCCUUGAUCCCUGGGAACAGCACUCUCCGCUUGUUUACUGCCACAUCUCCCAUGACUUUAACCUGGCCAAAGCAGCACGGUGUGCGACUUACCUACCUGAGAUGGAACAAUGACUGUGUCAAAUGCCUCCUCUCUGUGUCCCAGUGGACCAAACACUGGCAAGCCACACGGGCCAUGCCAAAUAAUACUCCUCAGUUCUGGCAAGACACACGGGCCAUGCCAAAUAAUACUCCUCAGUUCUGGCAAGCCACACGGUCCAUGCCAAAUAAUACUCCUCAGAUCUUUGUUUUUAUUCUCUCAGUUUUCUGAUUGGUUGCACUCUUUGUUGUUUUUUACUGUGUUUAUGGGGAUGAUCUAUGUUGUCUUGUGUGAUGAGUGUUGUCCUACAAGGUGUGUGCUGCACUUUGUGUGUGAUCUCAGGCCUGUGUGGCACAAUCACAGUGGAACAAUAAAAAUAAUUUGACUCAUC